GUUUCAGGUUCUGGUUCAAUACCUGGACCUGGAUCUGGACCACUGCCAUGGCAACGUGGUCCUCCUGGUCCUCCUGGUCCUCAGUUCCGACCACAUGUUCCAGGCCAACCUCCCGGACCACCUAAAAUCCUAGCAGAUGCACGUCAGAAUCCUUUAUUGGCUGGACCUCCAUCAGCUUACCCUCCAGGAGGCCCCCCCGCCGGUUUUCAGCCAUCCCAAACUGCACCCCCCGUGUCUGGUCCAUCCCCUCCACGAUUUGCCAGGCCUCCGCCUCCUGGAGGUCUGCCCAUGGCAGGUCCUUCAGGUGCUUUUCUACCUCCCUCUUCAUUUUCACCAUCAAAUUUAGCAUCUGUGGCUCUAUCUGGUCAAGAAAACUCUCAGGGGAGUCCUCGCUCUGGUUCAGCUGGUGGUGUUGGAGGACCCGCUCAGGGGCCAGGGUAUGGUUCUCCAACUAGAUUCCCUGCAUAUCCUGGCCCUCCACCACCCUCCGGAGUUUUCCCUCCACCUUCAGGCGGCAGGCCCACGUUCAGCAACCCCUCACAGGCUCUUCCACCUCCAGGUGUUCAGUUUGGAUCGCCAUCACAGCAGUCAGUAUCGGAGGGACAACAAUACAAUUCCAUGCCCCAGUCGCCGAAGUCUUCAUCGACUAUUCCACAACCUCCUCAGUUUUCUUCUUUGAAUCUUCCUCAAUAUGGAGCUCCUCCCUUGUCACAAGGCUUUUACGGUGGACCACCUCCUCCGCCGAUACCAGGGCAGUACAGUGAUGGGCAAGUGGGUAAGUACAGCCACCCACCACCAGCAAGCUCGUAUGGUGGAAAUUACCCUCAAGCACAAGGUUUAGUCGAAGAUUUUCAAUCGCUUGCUUUGGUAUCGGUACUUGGAUCACCAGACAUCACCGUAGACCCAGCCACACUUCCAAGACCGCUUGACGGAGCGGAGGAAGUAAAACCAAGUGGGAACCUGAAUUGUCAUCCUCGAUACUUGCGUCUUACAACCAAUGCCAUGCCUAAUGCUCAGUCUUUAGCGUCUCGAUGGUACUUGCCUCUGGGAGCUGUCGUUCACCCCCUCGCGGAGGCACCACCCGGGGAGGAGGUUCCUGUGGUGAAUUUUGUAGGUACUAUAGUGAGGUGUCGACGCUGUCGUACAUACAUUAAUGCAUUUGUCAUGUUUACGGACGGGGGGCGUCGGUGGCGUUGCAACGUGUGUUCACUGCUAAAUGAAGUUCCUGUGGACUACUAUUGUCCUCUGGAUGAGAACGGACGGCGGCGAGAUGCAGAUGAAAGGCCAGAGCUUUCUCGUGGUAGUGUGGAGUUUGUCGCUCCAACUGAGUACAUGGUGCGGCCACCGAUGCCGCCCGUGUACUUCUUCCUCAUCGAUGUCUCCCUGUCUGCUGUGAAGUCUGGGAUGAUCAAGGUUGCUGCAGAGACAAUCAAAGCAUCAUUGGACAAGCUACCAGGGUUUCCUAGGACACAGAUUGGGUUUGUGACGUUUGACAGCACUCUGCAUUUCUACAAUCUUAAGUCUUCAUUAACUCAACCGCAAAUGAUGGUGGUUGCGGACCUUGAUGAUCCUUUCUUACCACUUCCCGACGAUUUGCUGGUAAAUCUGUCAGAGUCACGGACCGUUGUGGACGCCCUGCUUGAUAGUUUACCUUCUAUGUUCGAGAAAAAUCUCACCAUUGAGUCAGCUCUUGGGCCAGCUCUAAAGGCGACUUUCAUGGUCAUGAGUCAGCUGGGAGGGAAAUUGCUCCUUUUCCAGAGUACUUUACCCUCCCUUGGUUCUGGAAGGCUGAAACUACGAGGUGAUAAUCCUCUCAUUUAUGGAACCGAGAAAGAGUGUCUUCUUCGUGUCUCUGAGGAACACUUCUAUAAACAAAUGGCUGCGGAUUUUUCAAAGUACCAAAUCGCUGUGGACACCUAUAUUUUUGGUGAACGUUACGCAGAUGUAGCUUCUUUAGGUGUGCUCCCAAAAUACACUGGAGGGCAAGUGUAUUACUAUCCUGCCUUCCAGGCCCGGUUUCAUGGGGAGAAGUUCAGCUAUGACCUUACUCGAGAUCUUUCAAGAGAAACGGCAUGGGAGGCUGUGAUGAGAAUUCGAUGUGGAAAAGGAGUGCGGUUCUCAACGUUUCACGGACACUUCAUGCUACGAAGUGCAGACCUUAUGGCCCUUCCUGCUGUGGAUUGCGACAAGGCUUUUGCUAUGCAGCUGCAGCUUGAAGACACUGUGUUGCCCUUGCAGACAAUCUACUUCCAAGUUGCUCUGCUAUACACGUCGUCAAUAGGAGAGCGUAGGAUAAGAGUCCAUACCAUGGCCACUCCUGUAGUAAAGGAUCUCUUGGAACUAUAUAAAGCAGCUGAUGUAGAUGCUAUCACAUUUCUGAUGAGCAGGCUUGCUGUUGAGAAGACUUUGCAAACAAAACUUGAAGAUGCUCGUCAAGCUUGCCAGCAACGGUUGGUGCGAAGCUUGCGGGAGUACAGUAAGUUGCUCUCAGUUCAACAUCGGAGCAGCAACAGGCUGAUCUACCCAGAGAGUCUGAAACUGCUUCCGAUUUACACUCUUGCUAUACUGAAAAGCUUAGCACUUCGAGGGGGCUUUGGAGAUUGCACACCUGAUGAAAGAUCAGCAAUGGGAUUCGAAAUUAUGACCAUGUCCAUACCAAGACUGUUGAAGUUGCUGUAUCCAUCACUUAUUCGUCUGGAUGAGUACCUUAUUCAGGGUCCGAAAGCUGAUGGUCUUGCGGGAUUGCCUACACCUCUGGCAGUUUCUUCUGGAAAUCUGGACCCACGUGGAGCGUUUCUGUUAAAUGAUGGGUUGCGAUUUGUAUUAUGGUUAGGGAAGGGUUUGCCUACAGAAUUUGUUAAAGAUUUGCUCGGACCUGAGGUCGCAUUCACUGCUGAUUCUUCCCAGAUUGCCGUAGUGGAACAGGAGACCGCAAUCUCGAAACGGUUGAUGUCAGUUUUGCAAGCACUACGACAAAGUUGUCCAGCUGUAUAUCAACUUUGUACAGUAGUUAGGCAAGGGGAACAACCCAGAGAAGGAACUUUUAUGCUGUCUAAUUUACUCGAGGAUCGAACUGCUGGGGCCAAUGGAUAUGCUGAGUUUGUAGUCCAGAUUUAUCGCCAGGUUUCGCAGCUAUCAUAGGAGGUUUUUAACCAGAUUUGCCACUUUAAUCAAGCGCUACGGUCAAUUUGUUCCUCAGGUUCACUCAAAUCAGGUACCAUAUGUAGGUUGCGAAUCACUGUAGUGGGUAUCGUUAGUUGACAUCGAGUGGAGAUGCUUCAUUGUGCAGUGUGCUCACCUUUGAGCUGCUGCGAUCGGGCUCUCACAACGAGGUAGUAUACAAUUUUCUAAAUUCGGGCUAUUUUUACGAUGCGAUUGGCGUCCCACACCCUCUAUUCAACUAGUCACAACAUUGCUGUGGAGCUGUAGGUGUGUGUACAAGUCCCUAGGGGUUGGAUGGUGUAAUUACUUGAGAGUGCUCUUCUUGACGUUGGGUUCCAGUUUUCGUCCUUCCGUACAUAUUGUGCCCAGGUUCAGGGUUAUGUGCCGUGUGUAGCUGCAGAAGUGUUAAUAAAAUUAUAGUUGCUUACACUCAGGCGUGUAAUCUAAAGGUUUCAGCC